AUGUGCCAACGACAGCAGCGAACCUCUGGCAUUCAAAGUGAGGAUGACCCCAGCCGCAAAGAUGACGGCAAAGCCUUUCCUUGGCGUCUCGGCAUCGUUGAUGCCCACUGCCACCUGAACGACUCCGUGGCCUCGCUCCAAACUAGGUUGCCUACCAUCCGUGCCCGCACCCUGGCCAUCAUGUCCACAAAUGCCCAAGAUCAAGAUCUCGUUGCUGAUGCCGCUGCUCAAUACGGCAUCGAGAUGCCUUACGCGCUGGGCCACCAAAGCGGUGGCUCCAGGAACGACUUCAUCGAACUCGAAAAUAUGAGCGGCGAAGCAAAGGAUGACGGCGAGACUGUUACCAUCAAAGAUGGGGGCGACAGAGUCGUCAAGAGCGAAUUUAUACAUGACGAAAUCUUCACACACGAGACUAACGGUGGCGAAGGCACCAGCGGCAAAGGCAUCAGCGCCGAAACCCCCAGCGGUGAGGCCGGCGGCUGCCGGCUCGUCCCUUCGUUUGGCUGGCACCCCUGGUACUCCCACCUGCUGUACGACGACACAUUCACCUUCGCUCCCACGACAACAUACACGCCACCAGAGGAUUCGGUCGAUUCCGCAUCUGCCUUUGCUGCCAAAAAGCGACACUACGAAGCUGUCCUCACACCGUCACCCGAACGAGACGAUGACUUCAUCGCCUCCCUCCCCGUGCCAACACCACUGUCGGCCUUUAUCGCCGCCACACGUGCCCGCCUUCGCGCCCACCCAUACGCUCUCGUCGGCGAGAUUGGCCUCGACAAGGCAUUCCGCGUACCUUUUGGAUGUGACGCCUCGGCCGUGGCGCCCCCUGCUGACGCGCCCGCCUCGGUGCACGCCUCAGGCCACCGGACCUUGAGCCGUUAUCGCGUACGUAUACAGCACCAGGAAGCCAUUUUCGGGUCACAGGUGCGUCUUGCUGCCGCGGAAGGCCGCCCCGUCAGUGUCCAUUGCGUCCAGGCGCAUGGUUCGCUGCAUUGCACCUUCCUGGCAUGCUGCCAGCCCCACGAGCGUCCCAUCCCCAUGAUCCGGGGGGUGGGCAUGGGUUCUCGGUCGCUCGACGGAGCGGACUCUCCAGUCUGGGAAUCUCUCCCACCUGGAAGGGUCUACCCACCACGGAUAUGCCUUCACUCCUUCACCGGCGACGUGCAGGUCCUGCAGCUGUGGUUGCACUCGUCGAACCACACAGACGUCUACUUCUCCUUCUCGAAGGCCGUGAACCUCCGCAACGACUCGAACCGCGUAAAGUCUUCGAUGGUGAUGCAUGCCGUGCCCGACGAUCGCGCUCUCCUCGAGAGCGACCUUCCUGUGGUCGAGGACGAAACCGAUGCCGCUCUUGAGGAAAUGUAUCGACAUGCCUGCCACGUGAAACAAUGGCCGCUCGAGGAGGGCGUGCGGCGGUUCGGAAGUAACUUUGAGAGCUUCAUCUUCGGCAACAGAAUGGAGCCCGUCAGCGGCGACGCGACGGAUCCUGGGUGA